AAGUCCAUAAAUUCUCAGGUUUCUUCAGGGCCCUGUAACCCUUUCUUAUCUUCGAUAGCUGGAUUCGUGGAGGUCUCACGAGGAAGAAAACCCUAAUAUCUCUGGUUCUGCAAUCGAUUCCCACCAUUUCUAUUGAUUAUUCACCAUAAUUUCAGCUUAACUUGCAAGCUGAAGAAGCCCAUGGAAGCUUGUGGAGGAAGAGUCUUUUGUCCUCUCCCAGCUAUUGUUUCAAAGCUGACUGAAAACAAUGAUGAUGGCCAUUAUGGUAAAAAGGAAACUGAGAAGCAUGGUUGUGUCAAAGUGCCUCAGUAUUACAAAGAUGAUUUCUAUCAAUUCUCCCAUGAUCCUGAUUUCCAGGAUGAAGAAUCUUAUAUAAGUGAUGAUCCUGCACCUUUGCGAUCUAGCCGCGCUCCUGAAGUGAAUUUGAAAAAUGUGUUAAGGGGCCUAUAUACGAUUUUGGUAGGUAAAAAUCCACUUCUCAAAGGCUUGGAACCCCAACCUGCUUCUGGUUCCAAUGUGUCUUUCUUGGUGUCUGAGAAGAAUGGUGAAAGCCUCUUGCAGUCUACAGUUUAUAUACCAAGUGCCCCACCAUUGCUUGAUCCAGAUGAGCAUGGAUAUAAUGCAUGUAGGGUAAUUUUGGAAGCUGAGCCUCCUGAGUGGUUGCCUGACAGCUUUGAAACAACUUGUAUGCAAUGUUCAUUGCCUUUCACCCCACUUACUCGUGGGCGGCAUCACUGCCGGUUUUGUGGGGGCAUAUUUUGCAGGGCUUGUUCAUCAGGGAGGUGUCUAAUGCCUGUAAAGUUCAGAGAAAGAGAGCCUCAAAGAGUUUGUGACACUUGUUAUGAGAGGUUAGAUCCAUUGCAGACUGUAUUGAUCAACUCCAUCAGCAAUGCCUCACAAGUUGCAAAGCAUGAUGUUAUGAAUUGGACUUGCAUGAGGGGAUGGUUGAACUUGCCAGUUGGUUUGUCCAUGGAGCAUGAGAUAUACAAGUCGGCAAAUGCUCUUAGAAGUUACUGCCAGAUUGGGGUUUUAAACCCAGACAGGUUCGUACCUUUUACUGUCCUAAAAGCAGCCAAAGGUCUGGCUAUUCUAACUGUGGCAAAGGCAGGCAUGCUUCUAACUUACAAACUUGGAACUGGUUUAGUAGUGGCAAGACGGUCAGAUGGGUCUUGGUCUGCUCCAUCUGCAAUAUUCUCUGUUGGCAUGGGAUGGGGGGCGCAGGUUGGGGGCGAGUUGACUGAUUUUAUAGUUGUGCUUCGUGAUUCAAAAGCUGUGAAGACGUUCACUAGUCGCAUGCAUUUUUCUUUUGGGGCUGGUUUGAGUGCGGCUGCUGGACCCUUGGGAAGAGUGCUUGAAGCUGAUGUUCGGGCUGGAGACCGAGGAUCAGGGGUUUGUUAUACUUACAGUUGCAGUAAAGGUGCCUUUGUGGGAGUUUCAUUGGAGGGAAAUAUUGUCGCAACACGAAUGGAAACGAACUUGCGGUUUUACGGCGACCCUUAUCUCACCACUGCAGAUAUACUUCUCGGGGAUGUGGGGAGGCCCAAAGCAGCUGAGCCUUUGUACACUGCCCUUGAUGACCUUUAUGAAAAACUAAGAUUUUAGAUGUUUUUACAAUCUUGAUUGAAGUCUAUGACUGUAGAUAUGACCUGUUCUUACAGCCAAGCAGUUCAUUCCCCCCACCCCUCUCUCUAUACGGGCAUUACUUCAUAAGUGUAUAUUCCUCCAUUUCUCUGUGUUUGCGUGUUGGGGGCCGACAUUUCAUACAUACCAUUGAAUUAUUUGUAAAUAAAUAAUUUCUCUAUAUUGCUUUGUGUGAAUUAUGACGUAGUCCGAAAUUUAGAUUGGGAAGAUGAAAAUGGCAUGGGUCUCUUA